GGUGCUGUGCUGGUGGUAGUCGUGGUGGUAGAGGGCCGGUGAGAGUGAGGUGUACAAUACUAGAUUGUGAAGUGGACAGUACUAGUGAAGUGUACAAUACCAGAGAGUGAAGUGGACAGUACUAGAGAGUGAAAUGUAUAAUACUAGAGAGCGAAGUGUACAGUACUAGAGAAUGAAGUGUACAAUACUAGAUAGUGAAAUGGACAGUACUAGAGAGUGAAGUGUUUUAAUCACUGAGAAAACGUCCCCGCAUACAAAAGAAAGUACACUUGUAAAUACAAGCGAGAGUAAUUUCAGUAGCAAAGUACGGGGGGAUAAAAGAAGAGUAAUUGUCGACUCGGUGGUGUUAGCAGGAAGUCGAGUGUUCGUGUGAGUCCUGUGGAAGCUCCGCUGGAGGGAAAGUUUUUUUUUACGAGGCACAUUCGGCUGUGGUAUACAAGAGUAAUUUGACACGAUUUAAGACUACCGAGUGAAGUCACUGUGACCUGAACCACUGUGACUCGAGACACUCGAGGAUUUAAAUUGUUUGGAUGGGUCUUUUGAGCCCUAAAUCACCCUCGAGAAUGUUGAAGUUCUGCGGCUCAAACAGAAGACGCCAGGAAGACGUGACCUCAACGGGGAAGGCGGGAGGCGCGGGCGUGCGGGCGGGGUGUGCGGUGAAGGCCAUCAAUGGCACGCCCACAGCCCAGCUGUCUCUGUCCCACGCCCACGCCCUCACUAAGCAGGGCUCCACCCUCACCCUCGAGAUAGACGAUACCUCCGAGGAGCCGAGAGGGGCGACACUCUCCUCCAACACCUCCAUCUGCUCCUCCAACUCCACUUCCACUUCCUCCACUGUCGUUGCUGCUAACGGUCACAUCUCCUCCUCCAGACGCAGAACAGGUGAGUUCUCGGCUCAGGUGUUGCGUCAUCUCCUCCAGACGCAGAACAGGUGAGUUUCAGCUCAGGU